AUGAGCAGUGUGACAUUUUACAUACCAAAGAUGCCGCAGGUUGUCAUUCCCGGGCAGAUUAGCAACUCCUUUGCCGGUGUUAGAUUAGAGAUACAGAAACCAAAUAAGUGUAGAACUUCCCAUGUAGUUUUCAGCUUAGUUCCUAGGCACAGUCAUGGCAAACUAUGUCUUGGUCGGACAAAAAUUGAACCUCUAGUAAAAAUCAGGCACACAUUCUGGUCUAGUAGGAUAAGAGUUGCUGAUGAAUAUCAAGAAGGGUUGUCUGAUGAAGAUGAAGAUCUCUGUCCCGUUGAAUGUGUAAGAGAAUUUAUGACUGAUGAAGAGUUCAGCAAAAUUUUGGAGAAGGCUAAAGAAACUGGAUCUUUGGUGGUGGUAGAUUUCUUCCGCACCUCUUGUGGAAGCUGCAAGUAUAUAGAGCAGGGUUUUACAAAGUUGUGCAAGAAAUCUGGUGAUCAUGAAGCUCCGGUAAUUUUUCUAAAGCAUAAUGUAAUGGAUGAGUAUGAUGAGCAAUCCGAGGUUGCUGAGCGACUUAGAAUCAGGGCCGUGCCUCUUUUCCACUUCUACAAAGAUGGGGUCCUGUUGGAAGCAUUCCCAACCAGGGACAAAGAAAAGAUUAUUGCAGCCAUUCUCAAAUACUCUUCCCUUGAAGCUGAAGAUAUCUUAGGUUAA